CAGGACCAAGUACAGCCGAACGACUUUACGAUUUUUCAUUUUUAAAAACCCGUAUAGCGAACGGGCGAUCACGUGUCAAAUCAGUAUAGCCACGCAGCUAUACUAUUUAUAUUAAAAAGGAUGCCAUAUUAUAUAUACUCUAGACUAUUUUUAACAAAAUAAAAAUGAGUAUAGCGACUAUUUUUCUUUCUCCUACAUUACGAUUUUGGUAACUGAAAUUAAGAAAAGUUAAAUAAAACAAAAAACAAAAAAAAACCCCAAGCCCACCCAUUAAUCCGGUCGCCAUUCCCAUCCAAGCAAUCACCAACCCAACCCGAAAUCAUAAGUGUAUAUGCGCGUUUAAUUCGAUAUUUUAAUUUAAAAAAAAUUAUAAUUAUUAUAAUUAGAGGCAACACAUUGCAAAUAUCGAAGCUUUUAAACAGUCUAUUUAAUUAAUUUUAAUUCUUAUUAGAGCUUGUAUAAAUCUAUACUCAUGUAUAUGAAGAACACCCUUUCUUUAAUUUCUUUGCUUUUUUUUUUUUGGACCCUACACGAUGUGGUUUUAUCUGAUCUUUUUUCUAGUACUAGUUUGCACAAAGCAUAAUGUGGAAGGUGACCGUGAAGCAGCUGAUGAUGUUAGCUUUGACCAAAACUACGUCGUCCGAUAUGGAAAUGAUCAUGUCUUGCAACUAAACCAGGGAAGAGAUGUUCAGCUUUCUUUGGACCAGACUACAGGAUCGGGGUUUAAUUCGAAGAACGGAUAUGGUUCGGGAUUCUUUGAAAUGAAGCUAACAUUACCAUCAAGCCAUUCUCCGGGAGUUGUCACCACAUUUUAUUUAACUUCGCAUCCAGAUAAUAAGCCUGGAAACCAUGAUGAGCUGGACCUCGAGUUCUUGGGUACCGAUGGUCCAAAAUACACAUUACAAACAAAUAUCAAUGGGGGUGGAGAGCAAAGGCUUCAUCUUCGGUUUUUCGUGGACAACAUCCCCAUUAGAGUGUUGAAGAAGAACCCAAGCUUGGGUGCAAAGUACCCUACACAGGAGAUGUUUGUGGAGGGAAGCAUAUGGAAUGGAGAAUCUUGGGCAUCCAAUGGCAGAAAAGUAAAUUGGUCUAAAUCACCCUUCCAAGUUCAUCAUCGAAAAUUCAACAUAAAUGGCUGCCAAUUUGGAUCUGAGUGCUCUUCUGAAUCUCAGAGCAGCAAAGCUCUUACGAGAACGUGA